AUGACUCUCAGCUUAUGUAAACUUUGUGUUAUUUACUUGGUGAAUUCUUCAAUUGACAAUGAAAUGGAGACUUUCGUGGAACAGAAUCCAACAAGCAAAAUACUAAUCACAUUCAUCUCUGUAACUGUAGCAGUUAUCAUAUUUUUUGGAAAUCUUUUAGUGCUACUUGCAUUUGCAUUAACAAAAAAUCUUCGACGUGAAAUUGAUUUAUACAUUGCUUCACUUGCAAUGGCUGAUUUUCUCUUGUCAAUUCUAAUUCUACCAUUAGCAAUUAUACGUCAACAUGUAGGCUAUUGGCCAUUUAAUUCUAAUUUAAUCUGUCAAUAUUUUAUGUCUGGUAAUUUUCUACUUUGUUUAGCUUCAGUGCUUAGUUUAUGUUGUAUAUCUAUUGAUAGAUACAUAGCAGUUACUCGACCAUUACAGUAUAAUAGAACUCGUAAUCACUCACGACCAUUGUACAUGAUAUUGGGUGUAUGGUUGUUGGCAUUUACUUCAAUAGCUUUGCCAUAUGUUUUCGGUUAUCAACACUAUUAUACUGGAAGAGCAUGUUAUUUGAGUUAUAAUACUAGUAUCAGGCUAUACAUAGCUGUAUUCGUUUGGUUUAUACCAUUUCUGAUCAUAGGAUUUGUUCAUAUGUUGAUAUUUCCUAUUGUAAGACGUCAUUCACUGCGACAUCGACAUUUGAUCAAAGCUCAUACACUUAUCCUUCAUCAAAAUGAAUCACAACACAAUCGGCGACAAACAGUAGAGUUGUUAAUGACUUCUUUACGUAAACUUAGCAGGAAAACUUCAGUUCUUACUGAAUCUCCACUAAGUGAUCUCGAUGUAUUCACCAAUUCAUUGAUGGUUCGUUUCAAAAUACUCUGUAAAAUGUCUAUCAGUGAUAAAUUGAAUGAUAGUUUGGAAAGAUUAUUCAAACAUCGUAUAAAUCACAAUCACUCUUCACAAAUAUCCGAUCAUAUGCAUUCUAAAGCAGUAAACCAUUCAGGAAAGGAAAUUCGAUGCUUGCAUUCCAGUUUACCAUCAUCUGUUUCCCUUGAACCGAAUAUAGAUGAAAAUCUUAUACUAUCAAAUGAAAUAGAAGAAAGUAAAAACACCAAAGAACAACCCAGUCUACAAUGUAUACAGAAAUGUAACCAAAUGUAUCAGGAUAAAAGUGAGAAUGUAUUGAAAUUGCAAUACACUGACUCUACUGAUGAUAAUCUAAAUAGUUGUGGAUCAUAUUCUAUUUCUGAAAAUACUCGCCAGCUUAAAUUGAAUGGUUUUAACCUCUUUGUGGCCGCCGAUAAGACAGAGAAACAAUUUUCUCAACCAUUCAUCGACGGGAGUAAAGAAAAUAAUUUCUCUCUUCCAGAAUACAUUCAACAUCGGGCUACAUUUCGACGAGAAUUGAAUGCAUUACAAAUCAUGUUAAUAGUGACUAGUUGUUUCUUCAUUUGUUGGUUGCCUUUUCUUUUCAUACUUUUGGGAGAACUUAGUUGUCGAUGUGUGUUUCCAGAGGUUAUACAUGUAUCAAUUUCAUGGUUAUUAUAUUUAAAUAGUUGUUGUAAUCCAUUUAUCUAUGCUUUUCGUAACGAACGCUACGCUAAGGCAUUUCGACAACUUUUAGGUACAGAAAACUGUCAUCGAAAGAUAAAACUGGUCAAGAGUUAA